AUGAGUGAAUUAAAUAUCAUAUUUUACGAUCCAAAUCCUCAAAAAGAUACCAAAAAGAAAAAAAGAGUUCCCAACUCUUUUAUACUUUUUCGCAGAGAAGCUUUGAUCGAUGAAACACAUAACAUAAAGAUGACAAGACAUAGUCGAUUAGCUUCUAUAGAGUGGAAUAAACUAUCUGAAUAUGAGAAAGCAAAUUGGCAGAGAAAAUCACAAAUGAUGAGAGAUCAAGGAAAAGAACUUCCUCGAAAAAAUGAGUGCCCUUCCUGUGGGUUAUCGAAAGGCAUAAAUAUCGAACAUUGUAAAUCCUGUGAUGAUUAUGCAUUUAAAAAAAUUAUAGAUUAUUAG